AUGAAGCUGGAAAUGGCCCUAGCCACAGUCCUAGCUCUGGCUGUGGUGUCCUGGACAGAGGAGUUUUUCCCUAAGGAGGCCCACACUCUCAACUGGGGCAAGUUUUCAGGCUUCUGGUACAUUAUUGCCAUCGCCACGGACACCCGGGGGUUCUUGCCGGCUAGAGACAAGAGGAAGCUGGGGGCGUCUAUGGUGAAGGUGCACAAAACGGGACAGCUCAAGGUGGUCAUCGCCUUCAGCCGGCCUCAUGGGUGUCAGUCCAUGGAGACGACCCUGAAGAAGGACAGAAAGAAGCCUGUGUUCAGGAAUACUUUGAAGGGGAUAAAGGGUUUCCAUGUGCUGUCCACCGACUACACAUAUGGCCUGGUCUACCUCCGCUUGGGCCGCGCAGGUAGCAACUACAAGAGCCUGCUGCUCUUCAACAGACAGAACAUCUCCAGCUUCCUGAGUCUGCGAGAAUUCCUGGACAUGUGCCAUAUCCUGCGGCUCACCAAGCAGGCCACCAUCCUUCCGAAAGACGAUUCCUGUGCACACACAAUCCUGCCGUGACAGCCAGUCAGUCAUCCUCUGCUCACCCCUUUGCCUUGAGAGUCUUCCAGAUGCUCGAAUGCUGUUCCAGGUGGUGACUGUGGCAUUCAGUGGGUGUUGGGUGACUGCAGCCCAGUGGCUGACUGCACAGAGCCCGAGCUGUGACUGCUGUCUUUGCAUCCUCCAGAACCAGCAAACUCCCACUGGCUGUGCUCAUGGCUCCCUUUGGUCCACCUGCCCGGCCGAGUCUGACGCUCACCCUCAC